AUGACUCAUCCAUUCGUUUCAGGACAAAUAAACGACGACUCUCCAUUAUUCAUCUCCGCUUCCAUCGACAACGCAUUGAAUCUCAAUAUAUCAGUUCAGAAGAAACCAUAUUUCUCGGGAUCAGUGACAGGAUACAAGUUGUAUUAUACGAAAGACUCAAAGCAAACAGUAGAAGAAUACGAGGACUGGAACAAUCAGGAAGUUCUUUCCAAUGACAAUUCAUAUCAUUUUCUGAUUGAUUCGAAGAGAAAUAGCAUUGUAUCAGGAACUGUUUAUCGAGCAAGAGCUACGAUAUUCUUCAAUAAUGUGGAGAGUGUUCCGACGGGAAUCCUUAUGAUCCACACGAGGAAGGCGGCUCCGAAGGCUCCGUUGAUUGUAAAUACGAAGAUUCUACACAACUCGUCAGUUCUUAUUUCAUUUGUGCCGGCUGAUGAUGUCAAUAUUAUUGAGAACUACACUCUGAUGUACAAACAGAUGGAGGACGAGGAGUGGAAAUCCAUAAACUUUCAAUCAGAUGUUGAUGGAAAGGUCCUUCUCGACGGUCUAACUCCCAACCAAACGUACGAAAUCAAAAUGUUUGUCUCCGGAGGAAUAAUCCAAGGGACACCAUCCAAUUCGGCCUCUUUCACCACUAACUCAACUGCCCUGGCUUUGAUUAAAACAGAUCCAGACGAGGAAUACACUGCAGAUCCACAAACAAAUGAGCCAUUGAGCAUCACUUGUACUGUCAAAUCAGUCAGCAAGGCCUCCGUGUUGUGGAAAGUCAAUGGAAUAAAAGUGUCGGUUGAUUCGAGUUUCUACACAGUUGUCACGUCGGUUCAUGAAGAUUUCAUCGAGUCAACUAUUCGUGCGAAAUCUAGAACAAGGUCCGCAAAGUUUACUUGUAUCGCUUCGAAUGAUGCAGGAGAUUCAGCGAAAGAUGUCAAUGUUGUGAUAAAAGGUCCCGGAAGUCCACCUUCUGAAAUUACAUUGGUCGCUGAAAAGAGAGGAUACACGAUAUCAUGGAAACCCCCGUCACAUCCAAAUGGAGAGAUUAAGAAAUACGUAGUCUACCACACAUUGAAUCGAGAGGAUCCACUAUCCGAUUGGAGGAAAAUUGAUUUGGAUGGAUCGGAGUCACUAGUGAGGAUUAUAAUGGAUACGGAGGAGAGUUUCUACGGGAGAGUGCAAGCAGCAACAGAGUUGGGACCUGGAAUUAUUUCAGAUAUUGUGGCGAUGGAGAGAGAUACCCAACCAAUAACAGUGGAAUCAGAUAUCGGAGGAGUUUCUGCUGCUACAAUGGUUGUGGAUCCACGUGAAUUGCUCUCAAUCCAUUGCACCGCCCGUGGUAAGCCCCGCCCAUCGAUAUCAGUUGCAAUAAGUGAUCGAAAGAAUGCGAGUCGGGUAGAAGUUGAUGUGUGGAAUCGAUUACAAGCGACAUCAUCAGGUGGCGUCGUUUCAGCAAUGCACAAUUUCUCGGUGCUCACUUCGAAAUUUGUGCAUUGUCGAGCGAAGAAUUCAGCGGGAAGCAAUUAUUCGACGAUCGAAUUGAAAGUUGAUAAACCUGGUGAUGCACCAACUCAAGUUCAAGUGCUCAGUGUCAAUGCUCUCGAUGCAACCGUAGUCUGGCAUUCACCUCAAUUUCCGAAUUCGCCAAUCGUUAGCUACAUAAUUCUCGCCAGUAACGAUGCAAAAGAAGACAAAAGCUCAUGGCUGCAAUAUGAAUCGAAUGCCAAGGAAACUCAGAUUAAUCGAAUGCUUCUUCCAACUGGAAGUCUCGAAAAAUCAACAGAAUAUUUUGUUUGUGUACGAGCAAAAAAUGCUGCUGGAAUCGGUCCGACGAGUAGUUUGACUUCAUUUGUAACUCUAAACGGAGGCCCGGAUAGUCCACCGGAUAACAUGAAAGUGUUGAUAAAUGAAGCGAAUCAAGUGAUUGUUUAUUGGAAUACACCGAACUCUACGACAGAGGUUACGGGCUACCUAAUCUACUACACUCGAGACUUGAGUCUUUCAAAUGACGACUACAAAAACUGGCAAUCCGUCGAGAUGAACAACAAUUCUACUCGAUACAAAUUUGAUCUUUCAGUCGGUUUGAAACCGAAAACAUUCUAUCGAGUCAGAAUCGCCGGGAAAAAUUCGCAUGCGGAUGGGCCAGCCAGUGACGUUGUCGAGUUUGAAACUGCUUAUUCUGAAGUACCCAUCCCAACUGAUCUGAAAACAGAAGUACUCGAUGACAACACGAUUCAUAUCAAAUUCAGUGCAGUUAGAGAUCCAGAUGAUCAUUCGAAAGCAGUUGAUGAGUACCGAAUCGACCUCGCAGCCACAGAUGACGUUCUCCACGCCCAAUGGAAACAUAUCGAGCCGAAAGCAAUCCGAAUAGAUGAGAUCAGUUCGAUGGUAGAUGUGGAAAUCGAUGGAGAUUCAGUUGAAAAGAAUCGAAUGUACUGGGUGAAGGUGACUGCGAAACUGGAUAAUCCCUCGUGGGGAAUGCACUCUUCGAAGCCAAGAUGGUUCAGGACUGGACAUGGAAAACUAAUGACAACAGUGACAUUAGAAGGGACUCCUCUCAUUGAAAAAGAGCCGAAUCUAUACGAAAAGUUGUCAGUUACAUGUACUGGAAUGGGUAGCCCUGCACCGAUAAUCACUUGGGAAUGGAUGAAUGAAUCGAUUGAAAAUGGAACAGAAGGAUGGGAUAUUCAUAAUGUUCUCUUGGAUGACACUACUGUUGUAUCAAAAAUCACGCGAAACGAUAUCCGAGAAUCUGGAAAUCUGACAUGUAUGGGCAACAAUAACGAGGGAAAUUCAUCGGCUUCCGUCGAAAUCCGUGUUCUCGGUCCAGGAAACCCACCAGAAAAUAUCAAACUAACAGCCUACCGUAACCAAAUCAAUGUGACGUGGCAAGAAUCAACUCUUCCGAAUGGAGAUAUUAUGAAGUAUAUAGUCUAUUAUUCUGAAAAUGAGAACGACGAUUUAUCCGAUUGGAAUAAGUUCGAGACAGCUGAACUGGAGACUUAUGUGGAGGCUUUCGGCCCAUCUACUAAUCAUUUUAUCCGAGUUCAGGCAGUUUCUGACCGUGGACCUGGAAUUAUUUCGGAGAAAUUUUCGUGUCUUUCCGAUGUUUUGUAUGAACCCCUAAAUUUGGAAAUCCUUGCUUCAAACGUCAUGGAAUUCGAAGCGGAACCUAAUCAAAACGUGGAAAUUCAUUGCAAGGGAACCGGAAAGCCAACGCCAAAACUCUAUUAUCAAUUUGGAAAUGAUACAGAAAAACAGUUUGAAGAAGUGGAAUCAACGGAUCCGGAUAGUUUUGAAGCGAAGGCGCCGGAGAUAAAUUCGAGACGAAAUGUGACAGUGACGUGCAGAGCAAGCAAUAAAUAUGAGAAUGUGACAGUCAGCAAAGUUAUUAUUAUUAAGAGACCCGGAGAAGCGCCGAAUAACAUCAGUUGGAGCUUCGAGGAAGAGGACGAUUCGACUCUUUACAUCAACUGGAAUCCAAUUGAAAAUCCUAACGGAGAGAAAUUGGAAUACAAUUUGUACCUUUCGAAUUAUAAAACAAAGGUUUCCGGGCCGCCUGUCAAGAUUCCUGAUAUCCCCCUCGACGUUAACAUUUCCCUCCGAAUCUCUGCUGAAAACGAGUACGGAGAGGGCGAAAAGACCUUCCCAAUUUGGAUUCCAACACCCAACGGUGGCCCGAAAACUGCUCCAAUUCUGUCAUCUCUUCAUGCUCAAGACUCAAAAGUUUACAUUUUCUGGGCAGAACCAAGACUUCCGAAUGGGGAAAUUCAGAAUUAUACAAUUUAUAUUAGAAAAGAAAUUGAAGGAGAAAAGGACGGAGAAGAGGAAGACGCUACGAGGACUGAUCAGACUCCACAAGAAUGGAAGAAGUACACAUAUGGCUCGAAUAUUACUCAUGCUAUAAUUGGAAUCGAUGAGGGACUUGAAGAGAAUGAGAGAUAUCAGAUGAAAAUGACAGCGACGAAUGAAAGACAUGAGGGUCCGGAGACGAAGAUGUACACUUUCGAUUUGAUAUCUUUCGACGAGAACGAUGUCAUCGACAACUUCACAGCUACUGUUAUCAAUUCAACUGUGUUCGUCGAAGUUGAGAAUCCCAUUUAUACAAAGUACAACAUUUACAUUCGUGACGAGGCGAAUAAUCAGACUGUCAAACAUGAAAUCGACGUGGAAACUGGAAAGACAAAGUUCGAUUUUCCGUUUCAAUUGGAUCAUACACUCAGCUAUACCAUCAAAAUGUCUGGAAUGAAACUGGGUCGAGAGAGUCCUCCAUCUGAAGAAAUUGAACUAGAAUUCCUGAAUCCAAAUACAAAGGAUUCAUCUCCUCAGCCACCAACUCAAAUGAAUUCAUCAACAUCUCGUCGAAAAGUUAUCAAAGAACCACCACUUUAA